AUGGAGGAAGAUACUUCAAGUACUAAAGUUAAUUGGAAGUCAGUUUACCCACUCAAUGACAAAGAGAAGAAGAAGGUAACGAAGAUAAUGACUUUGGUGAAUUCCGUCCUUAAGAAGAAUAAGGACCAGAAGGGUAAAGGCAGAAAGAGAAGGAUAAAUGUAUUUCACUGCAGGAUGGGCAGAAAGCCUCCAGUAAGCGAGCCAACAAACGAACAAGAAGAAGUUCCUGA